AUGAAGUUCUCCCAGCCAGUCCUCGCCGCGCUCUGCGCAUCCCUCGCCGCCGCCGCACCCACCUUCCAGACCCUGGACUUCAGCGAGUACACCUCUUCCGCCGUCGGCAAGCGCGCGGAUCCGAGCCUCGUCGGCUACCUGGGCGCCUUCUUCCUCGGCGACGAGCCCAGCGUCUAUUUCUACCGCAGCAACGGCAACGACCCGCUCUCCUUCUCCGCCCUCAAUGGCGGCAACCCCGUCAUCACGCCCACGCUCGGCACGGGUGGCGUGAGGGACCCCACCAUCAUCGCCGGCGGGGGCGACGAGGCCGGCAAGAAGUGGUACAUCAUCGGGACCGACUUGGAUAUUGCAAAGACCACCUGGGACGCCGCCCAACGCACCGGCUCGCGCGGCAUCCUCGUCUGGGAGUCGACCGACCUCGUCACCUGGACGUCGGAGCGCCUCGUCGCCGUCGAGGACGCGACGGCGGGCAUGGUGUGGGCGCCCGAGGCGAUCUGGGACGCCGCCGAGGGCAAGUACCUCGUGUACUGGGCGAGCAAGUUCUACGGCGCCGCCGACAGCUCGCACGCGGGCUCGCCCUCGGCCACCAAGAUCCGCGCCGCCCACACGAGCGACUUCAAGACCUUCACCGCCCCCGUCGACUACGUCGACUACUCGCCCACCAACGUCAUCGACCUGACGUUCCUGCCGCUCGGCGGGGACGCCUACGCCCGCUUCAUCAAGAACGAGACCGCCACCAACGUCUUCGCCGAGGUCAGCGCCGACGGCCUCUUCGGCACGUGGACGCGGCCCGGCGGCGCGGGCGCCAUCGUCCAGCAGGGCGUCGAGGGCCCCGCCGCGUACUGGGACAACGCAGUCGACGGCAGGGCGUACCUGCUGCUCGACUUCUUCGGCGGCGACGGCUACGCGCCGUUUGUGAGCGACGACGUCGAGGCGGGCGCGGCGGCGUGGGCGGCGGCCGACAAGAGCGCUUGGCCGGCGCAGCUGCGGCACGGGAGCGUGCUGCCGGUCGAUCAGGCGGGGUAUGAUAGGUUGGGGGGUGCGGCGUUUGCUUGA